UUAGCAGACUCCGAGGCUCUGUAAUCAUCUUUCGGUUUAGUUGUGAUUUUGCCGGUGUACCGUGAUGUCAUUGCGUCGCAGCAUACCCAACAGGAUCUUCUUCUUAAAUUUAUACAUAUGCACAACAUAAUCACAAGGACACUGAACUAAAUGUCAAUUUUUUGUCCUUAAGGAUAUUUUUUGUCAAAUAUUUCUUCAUAAAAAAAAAAAAAAAUAUCAAAGAAAAAAUAAAAAAGGAUAUCAGUGUGUUUACUACGAUGAAGAAAACAAAAAGGAUACAUCAGAGAUCCUUAUUUGAUGACAAGAAUAAUAUUUUAUGUGAGAAUCGGUGCGGCGGGUGUUGUUAUAUUUCGUCCUUGAUUGAUGACCAAAAUGUGAAUGACAAGUGAAUUGUUUUACAUGUUUUUGUUUUCAUUAUAUUUCCACCACAAUCCAAUUGAAAUAUAUUGAAGAAUAAAGGAUUCUUUUUUGUUUGUUGGGUUUUCCCCAUAUAGCUAUUCAAUUUUGAAUAAAGGAUAAUAAUUCAAAAGUUCAAUCGUCCUAGUUUUUUUUUUUUUGGUUAUUUUUUAUUCAACUAUCACGGUCGUGUGUGAUUGUCAUUGUCGUAUAGUCCCCGAGAGUGUUCGAUUUUUUUUUUUACAUUGUGUGUGUCCAGUUGGCUUGUGAACACAUUGCGGAAGAUCCUUCUGCAUUCACUAGAGAAAUUGUUUGUUUUUUCUUCCACACAAAACACACAGAAAAGGAUUAUCCCAUUUGGCAGGAGUAUCCUGAUCGUCGUUCUUUGCCCAAAAGAGAACAAAAAAAAGAAAAAAAAAAAUUGCGAAGAAAACCUAGUCCACCUAUAAUUUAUGUUUACAUUUAUAUCUAGUGCUGGUCACGUCCUACUGUGCAAAUGCGGAAUCCUUUAUAGAGGUGCAGAGAUAUACACUAUCCAACAACAACGUCACUACAACAACAGGAAAUCGUUGCAUUAACUUAUAUAUCCAAGGAGGAUGCUAUCCCUUGCAUGGCUGACAGUAUUUAUUAUUUUCGUAUAUGUUCCGGGUUCAACAUUAAAUGUUAUUGAGAGGUCCUCGUCAUCUUUGUUGUUGUUGUCAAAAUCAGAUUCAGAAGCAACAAAGCUAGAUAAAUCAUCAGUGGCAUUAGUAGGUUCGUCGUCGUUGUCAUUAAUGCCAGGCGAUGAUGAUUAUGCAAAAGAAAAACUAAUUUUUAGAAGAACAAAUAACAAUAAAACUGAAGAAGGAGAAAUAAUCGAGUUGAAUGAUAUCACAGCAGCAUCAGCACCAAUCACUAGAAAUACAACGACGACAACGAUACUAGGAGGAAAAUAUCAUCAUCAUCAGCAGCAGCAUCAGCAUCAGGAACAUCAGCGAGAGUCCUUAAAAAAGGAACAAGUGUCAGACAACGCACAUUCCGUUAUAACAAAGGAUCCAUCAGCAUCAUCGCCAUCAUCAUUAUUAUUAUCGUCGUCGAGUUUGUUGAACAUUGAAUUGACACAGGCAACAACGUCAACGACAGAUACACCAACGACAACGACGAUAUCAGCAAGGACGACAACAACAACAACAAAAACACCACCACCACCAACAGAGACGACAGCAAUAAGAACGUGGAAUAAUUUAAAUGAUUUCGGAAAUAGCAAAAAUAACAAUGGCCGAAGAAGUAGUAAGAGCAUUUAUGGGCAACAUGAACCAACGCCAACACCAACACCACAACCACCACUGCUGCCACCACCCGCGGCACAACAACAAAACCGGCAACACUUACAGUUAGCAUUGUUGUCAGCAUCAUCAUCACUGUCCUCCUCAUCGUCUGGAGGAACGCAUCAGCAGUCAUUGUUGAAUCCUAUCCCAGUCGCAAUUCUAAGGAAUACUACAACUGUCCUGCCUUUGCAAUUAACGCAAUCUAUUCAAAAUACGGCGAGUGUAAUCAUCCGCGGUAAUAGUUUGAAUUGGGGGUAUGUUGAACUGGCUUCAAGUGAUUCACCGUCGACGUCGUCGCCUCCAUUCUCAAUAUCAUCAUCAACCCCCCGGACAGCAGAAUUACCAGGAGCAGUUGUAGUACCAACACAACUGCCCCAUCAGCUAUCAUCGACGACAUCGUCAGCAGCAGGAUCGUCAUUUGUGCUAUCACUGUCACCAGGUUCGUCGUCGUUCUUGUACUCAUCUGAAUUGCCAUUAAUGUCGUCCUCGUCCUCGACACUGGCAUCGUCGUUGUCGUCGUUGUCACCAUUGUCGCCAACUACUACAUCUUUGUCAUCGUCGAUGUCGUCGUUGUCCACUACUUCAACUGCCAGGACAACGACAUCCACAACGACACCCAAGUCGCCGUCUCUAUCAUCUACGGACGGGUAUCUAAAUAUAACCAGCCAAGCUGGCACCCAUGCCUAUUUGCCGUGCAAUUUUCCUCAAUUGCAGGUGAAACAACUUGUCAAAAAGCCCAUAUCUUGGUUACGAGUACGUGACGGUCACAUUCUAACUGUAGAUCAAACAACAUUCAUUGCUGAUCAACGCUUCCAAUCAAUCUACACACCCAAUCCGGAACGCUGGUCCUUGCAAAUCAAAUAUGUGCAAACAAAAGAUGCUGGCACCUAUGAGUGUCAGGUGUCCACCGAACCGAAAACGAGUGCCAUCGUCAGUCUCAACAUAGUUGAACCGAAAACGGAAUUAAUUGGCGAAUCGAAUCGGCAUGUCAAGGCUGGCAGUCAAGUGAAGUUACGUUGCAUCAUUAGCCAGGCUUUAGAGCCUCCAUUAUAUAUUAAUUGGUACCACAAUCGUCAGCAAAUCUUUUUGCAUAACCGAAAGGGUUGGCGGACCGAAAUCGAACGUGAUGUUGCAGUGAGUGGAACAACUGCAACUGGCUCCUCAUCCUCGUCGUCGUCCUCUUUAUCCUCUUCAAAUAGUAACAACAACAACAACAUCAGCCAGGACAAACAGAGUACUACGAUUGCAUCAUUAAUUAUACCAUCGGUGGGCAAAAAGGACUCAGGGAAUUAUACAUGCAGUCCGUCAAACAGUGAGCCCAUAACAGUUGUGCUGCAUGUCCUCAAUGGAGAGUAUUCAGCAUCGGCAAUAACAUCUGGCAGUGCUAGAAGCAACAGUAUCAAGGACAUUCAAGGACUACUUCAUCUGAUUCCUUGGGUCAUUAGCUUAGUGAUGUGUUUUGGUCAGAUGAUAUAUUUCUAUGAUGUCAGCCGAUUGCUGCUUCCAUUAUCAUCAUCACAGUUGAGAAGGAGGACGACAUCAUUGACAGCAGAGAGAAACUAAAGUGCAACACAGUAAAAGGAUCUCCAGAAAAGGACGAUGUGUAAUUAUCACUCGAGAUGACUUAUCUAUAUAAAGAAGAAGAAAGAUACUUCAUUGUAAAGGAAAUUCAAUAACUGAACUGAAUGUGUUGGUAUCCUCUCAACUACCCCCAACCCCCUUAUCCCCUAUCCCUUCUCUCUUACCUAACUAACUAUUCAACCAGUUAAACAUCCAGAAGUAUCCAUUAGAUUUAUGGGACUUAUCCCAUAUUUGUGUGUAUCUUAAGGAAUAAUUAAUAAUAACAGCAGUUUAUCUUAUACACAUACAUAUAUAACCAAGCCAUAUAAAUAUAUGUCUUUGUAUAUGUGUGACUGAAUGUGUGUGAAUAUUUUGUAUGUAUGUGAUGUUAUUUUGUCCAUUUUCCUUUCUUUUUUCAGUGCGAGUGUGUUUGUAAGAUGAUUGUGCAAAUAAAUUUCAAAUAAAACAUUCAACAAUUCAUAAAGAAAGCUUUUCUUGGAAGAAAAUAUAAUACAUUUUCAAAGCAGUCACUUAAAUGACACAUACAUUUGUUUUCGAUUAAAAUAGAUAGAUAAGAAAAAGAUAUAAAAUUAUUUCAAUGUAAAUAAAAUACAACACGAAAAUUUAUGAUUCAAACGAAACAUUGAAAACUCAUGAAACUGAAAGGUUUAUUGGAAUAUUUCAAUGCAGUUUGAACUCUUAGCAUCCUGAAUGCAUUUUGAGAAUUGAUUGAAGAGGGGAUAUAAAUUUAAGCGGAAAUGAAUGAAGGGAGAACUCCUUCAAAUACAGUAACAAAAUUUAUUGUAUUGGAAUUAAUCACGAAAAUCAAACUGCAGCAGAUAAUAUUUAUAUAAAGGUAAUUUCAAAAUUUCAGAAGCAUUAUCAACAACAACAACAAGAGGGAUUUGUUACUAAGAAGUCCUUUUGCACGAGAGAUAGAUAUGGAGAAAACAAACAAAAUAUUCGAGUGAAACUACCUACUUUACAUUGAAUAAAUAAUAAUCAAAAUUUAAUCUUAUACAUAAACAAAAACAUGUCUUAUGUAGGAAAUUCAUCAUUGUUUUGAGAUGUUGUAUGCAUUUAAAAACACAUCAAAAGCUGGGAGAUGAAGUAAAUAAGAUACACACUG